AUGACGGAAUCAAUUGGCACAGUGUCACCUGUGCCUGAACCGACACCCGGUCCAGAGGGAAGAGAGAAGACGCGCGGCGGGAGACAACAGCGACAGAAGCCUGUGAACCCAAUCGAGACGGCCAACAAAACACUAGACGCGGACUUUGUCACAGAAUACAUCAAGCCAAGCAGCAGCUGGCCGAAAUGGACGCAUCCUCGCAAAGAGGCAGUGUACACGCUGAGCUUAUCUAGACCCGGCGACCUGUGCGACGACGAGUUGGACGCUUGCUUCAACCUAGUCGAUGAGACCAGUGGUGCGGACUACCGGAGCUCGUCGUUUGGGUGGCAUGUGGCUGUGAAAAAGAAGGAGAUGCGAUCGCCGGAUCUGCGGUACAUCCUGGUCAAGGACGCAGACGGCGCCGUCCAGGGCUUCACAUCCAUGAUGCCAACGUUCGAAAAUCAUGAGCCUGUGGUGUACUGCUACGAGAUCCAUUUGAAGCCGGAGCUGCAAGGGACCGGCCUUGGCACCCAACUCAUGGGGUAUCUCAUGGAGGUUGCAGAAAACAUUCCAACGGUGGAGAAGGUGAUGCUCACCUGUUUUGCGAGCAACAUGAGCGGGCUGAAAUUCUACGAGAAGCUGGGGUUCGACAAGGAUGACUACUCGCCGAGGGAGAGAAAGCUACGUGGAGGCAAGACAAUUGUGCCCGACUAUGUGAUUCUGAGUCGACGCACGGCGACGGGUAACGCUGCCGAUCCUCGUCGCCGUCGUCGACAUUAA